GGGCUGGAUGCAGGGAUUUUCUGUCUGAAUUAAGCACCAGCAGCCACACAAUCAUGUGAGAGCUUUAGAUGGGGGGAUGCUUUUGCGUGGAAACAGUGAGCUGAAUGCGAUGGUGGCUCCCCGCUGAACCGGCCUCAGCUUCCGGGCGUGUUUCGUGCGCGUGUGUGUGUUCCGUGUGGGUGUGCGCGUCUCUCCGUCGUCCGUCUGGGCUGGGAACAGAAAGAGAGGUUCCAUCAUGGCAGACAGCAUCAUGUCCAAGGCUGCUACCAUGGAGAUCCCCAUCAACAGCAACGGAGACACAGGGACCCUCACAGAGGAUGACAGCCUGGAGCAGGAUCUGCAGCAGGUGAUGGUGUCUGGACCCAAUCUGAAUGAAACCAGUAUCGUGUCGGGUGGCUACGGGGGACCUGCGGGGGGAAUCAUUCCCACGAGCUCCAUCAAAGGGCCCGCCGUCCGUUUCAACCCCGAGUAUCUGGACAGAAGACGGGGCCCUGCAUCAGGACCAGUCAGUCUGCAGCCAGUCGACUGGCCCAUCACACAGACCCGCACCCAGUGCACAAAGCAGAUGUUCUCAGAGAAGUUUGGCAGAGGUUCUCGAACUGUAGACCUGGAACUCGAGGCUCAGAUCGACGUGUUGAGAGACACUAAGAGCAAGUACGAGAGCAUCCUAAGACUGGCGACGGCCCUCAUCACGCAUUUCCAGAACAUGGUGCAGACGCAGCAGGCUCUGGGCGACACGUUCACCGACCUGAGCCAGAAGUCCCCGGAGCUGCAGGUAUGCUGGACAGACGCUCCCGCUCCGCUUCCAUACCAGCUUUCCAUGUCAAACGGGAAUGUCUCUCUGCAGGACGAGUUUGGCUAUAACGCAGAAACACAGAAGCUGCUGUGUAAGAAUGGGGAAGCCCUGCUCGGCGCCAUCAACUUCUUUGUGUCCAGCGUGAACACGCUGGUCAAUAAAACAAUGGAGGACACUUUGCUGACCAUUAAGCUGUAUGAGAACGCAAGACUGGAGUUCGAUGCCUACCGUUCUGACCUGGAGGAGCUGAGUUUGGGUCCGAGGGACGCCGCGGCAACGGUCCGCAUUGAGAUGGCUCAGCAGGACUACCACGUCCACAGAGAGAAGUACGAAAGGCUCCGCAGCGACGUCACCAUCAAGCUUAAGUUCCUGGAGGAAAAUAAGGUGAAAGUGAUGCACAAGCAGCUUCUUCUCUUCCAUAAUGCAAUCUCGGCUUACUUUGCUGGCAACCAGCAGCAGUUGGAACAAACUUUGAUACAGUUCAACGUGAAGUUAAAGCCGCCGGGAUCAGACAAACCGUCCUGGCUGGAGGAGCAGUAAUGAGCACCCGGGUUCAGCCCUCUGGCCCCCAUCAGUGAAAAAUGUGGAGUUGUGCUUAGAUGGACAGCAGUUAAAUGCUAUAGGGAGUAUAUAGUAGGACCAUUAACAGCCAGCGAUAUCUCUUUGGUAACAUGUUUCAGUAUCAUUUAUUACGUUAGAUUAGAUUGUUUUGAUUUACAUUUAAAAUGUCUUGUUUUUGUAAUUUUGUUAUUCUAUCUAGGUAGUACAAUCGUUUACACAUACAUCACUUAUUUCUGCACUUCACUGUGGUUUUGUGUGAUACCCCUGGGCAGUUUUGCACAUCCAUAUUUUUAUGUUAAAUGAUAUGUAAUGUUUCAGUCUUGAAUGGAUGAAUUCUAUUCAUCAGAUUGGUAAAUAAGUGGGGUACUCUUGAUUAAAAUUAUGAUACAUUAUCAAAUUAUGUUUUUUUUCUGAAAAAAAUUCUUCAGCAUUUUAAGGGUUUUAAUUUCCAAGAUAAACUACGACUACUUUGUUUCUACCGUCACUUUUUAAAAUCUGAAUGGUCAAUUUACAGGUGACACUUAAGGAGAAAUACAAUUAUAGGAAUGUAGCAGUUUUCUCUAACCAAAUAUACAGUUUGUAUAGUUACGCUACUGUACGAGGUUCUGAUGUGUGUGAUGAUGCAUCAUGAACAUCUUUUGAGACUCAUUCUGGAAGUUUCAAAGGCACACACACAUUAGGAGACAUUACAGUUGCCCAUGUCCCUUUCAAUUCAGAAUGUAUGAGUACGUUUGUCACAUUUUUAGUUGUUCACUCACCAGUUUGUUGCACAACAUUGUAUGUUACUGAGAUAUAUUUAAGGUUGUAGUCAGCUGAUUGUCUAUAUCAUGAUCUGGAUUUCCAAUAAAGUGCUGGAUGUUUUGUUUCACCUAACUGGUUUUGUUUAUUCAGAUGAAUGUUUUUUGAAGAAUAUGUUUUUUGUGCUGCUGUCAGUCGCUGUUUAGUUGAAGGAAUGAUAAAAAGCGGCAUGUUAGCUUUGCAAAGUCAUCUGCAGCUGGUAUAACUGUUCAGAAUAGUGAUAAUUAGAGAGACUAAUAUAUUUUUGGCUUAUUUCUUUUUCUGUGACGUCUGCAUAUUUACCCAUUAACAAACAGGAAAAUAGUGAUGCUCUUGAGUCAAAUGCUGCUCCAUCAAAACCAACUUUUGUAAUAAAUCUCUAAUCUCUGG